UAGUGCCAUCAUGCUAGUUCGUUUGGAGUUGAAGCAUGACUUGGAGCAUUACCCCCACUACUGCUAGCCUCUUUUUGUGACAUCUGGGGCAUAGAGCGCAGUGAUCCCACAACCUGUAGAGUGGGGCAUGCAGAAUGGAAGAGAAUUGAUUGCAUUGUUUUCCCACUUCAAUGUACGAGUGAGAACAAGAUCAUUCAGUUGAAGUUAUAGUGGUUAGUUGCUGAUAACUCCUCCUCCACAGCUGCUUUCAUGGUUGGCGGCUUUGAUGGCUUUGGUGAAGGUGACUCAUUUAAGCCAAUAUAGUCUUGCCAAUCUGGUAGCGGUUUUAAAAAAAGCUUUAAAAAAAAAAAAUCAAUUCAGUUCCAAAAUUAAAAAUCUUCCACACUUGUGUCUUGCUUUUGGCGGCGGCCAACUGAGCAGUCUCUUGAGUUAGUGCUCGUGUGUGUGUGUGUGUGUGUGUGUGUGUGUGUGUCUGUGCUCGUGUGGGCGUGUGUGUCAGAGCUGAGUCACUAUUGAGCUGUCCCCCCUGGUCACAUGGCCGCUUGUCAGAAGUCUGAGCGAGGAAACAUAAUCCAGAGGAGGAAGGAUUUAGCGAUCAGUCUGCUGCGUGAACCGCACGGAGGAAGCCCCCUGCCUGAAAAAUCUCACCCAGUCUUCUGACCAGCUUCUCUCUCUCUCUCUCUCUCUCUCUCUCCCUCUCCCUGCCUGUCUCUCUCUCUGUCUGUCUCUCCACAGUGUCCACGCUCUACACUAUGAUGUCAGUGGUAGCCCCACAGCAGUGACCAAACUAAGGUUAUGCUGCCCAUAAGUUCGUGCCUGAGUCCCCGAGAGAAAGAGAAGGGCUAAAGCCUGUGCCAGGUGUGGAGCAGUGGGCUCAGCCGAGCCUCAGCGCAGCCUUCAAGCCCCACAGGUGCACCUGUCAGCAGGAGCCAUGAGUGACCCUCCGACCCCCAGCAAGGUCACGGACACGCUGACCUCCGUCAGCUACAAACCGGAGUCAACAGACUCGUCGCUGCGUGGUGGGAGUAGACCGCAUCAGCAGCAGCAGGAGGAGGAUGACGACGGGGACCUGAACAAGGCCCUGGAGGUGCAGCGCUUCCAGCAGAUCCUCAACCCCACUCCCAUUGCCCCUGACGAGCAGCACCGCGCCUGCCACCAGGAGGACAUCGACAAUCACCGCAGCUCCUCUCAUCACAUCCAUAAGUCUCUGUCCAAGCUCCCCGGAGACAGCAAGAGGAAGAAGAGCAACAAGAAGAGGAGGAAGGGCGGCCGCGAUCACCGCAGCAGUCCCGGGCCCGGCGGAGCCCCCGCUGUAGAGGAGGGAGAGGAGGAAGAGGAGGAGGAGGAAGAGGAGGAGACCACAGACGGCAAAAGCAGCGCUGCACAGCAGGCUGAAGACAGCGACCCCAGCCGAGAUGUGCAGUUCUUCGUGUCUUCUGAGGACCCCCAGCUGGCCUCCACUGGGGAGUCGGAGUGCCCUCACCCGCCCCGAGAGGUCUCUCUGGUGCCCACUUCAGCAGGGGGGACGGGCCCCGAGGAUUCCACAUCAACUGAGUUACGUCCUGAAGCCCCUCUGGCAAGAGUGUCGAGCCGAAGUUACGACCUGCAGGAGCGGCGGCGCACGGGCAACAUGACGGGCACGGAGCAGGCCAAGUACCAGCGCAUUCCCACGGACGAGAGCGAGGCGCAGACACUGGCCUCCGCCGACCUGGACGGCAUCAAGAGUCACAGAUUUGAAGAUGUCCCUGGCAUGCGGAGACACCUGGUGCGGAAGAGCACGAAGGGCCAGGUGGUGCACAUCAGCAAGGACCACAAAGAGCCCGCCACUCGCGCCCGAAAGCUGGACCGCACCCCACACGAGGUGUUUGUGGAGUUGAAUGAACUGAUCAUGGACAAGAACCAGGAGAUGCAGUGGAGGGAGACGGCCCGCUGGAUCAAGUUUGAGGAGGACGUGGAGGAGGAGACGGACCGCUGGGGCAAACCCCACGUGGCCUCCCUGUCCUUCCGUAGUCUCCUGGAGCUCCGCAAAACCAUUUCUCACGGCGCCGUGCUCCUUGAUCUGGACCAGAAGACCCUCCCUGGCAUCGCUCACCAGGUGGUGGAGCAGAUGAUCAUCUCGGACCAGAUCAAAGCAGAGGACCGCGCCAACGUCCUCAGGGCCCUGCUGCUCAAGCACAGCCACCCGAGCGAUGAGAAGGAGCACGCCUCCUCCUUCCCGCGCAACAUCUCCGCAGCCAGCCUGGGCUCGCUCAUCCACCACCACCACCACAACAGCAGCAACCACAUCUCCCAGCCCGAGACCUCCGUCACGGAGCCUCUCAUGACGGGCACUGGGCACGAGGGCGAGCUGCGCAUCGACAUGGACAAGAACGAGGUGCACACACAGAAGGACUCCAUGCCAUCUAUUGGAAUGCAUAAGUCCAAAUCAAAGCAUGAGCUGAAACUUCUGGAGAAAAUUCCGGAAAAUGCUGAGGCUACAGUUGUACUUGUUGGUGCCGUGGACUUCCUGGAGCAACCCACCAUGGCGUUUGUGCGUCUGCUGGAGGCCGUGGAGCUGGACUCAGUGCUGGAAGUGCCGGUGCCGGUCCGCUUCCUCUUCGUCCUGCUCGGGCCGCCCAGCACUAGCAUGGAUUACCAUCAGAUCGGUCGCUCCAUUUCAACACUCAUGUCUGACAAGCAUUUCCACGAGGCGGGGUACCUGGCGGACGACAGACACGAUCUCCUGAACGCCAUCAACAGCUUCCUGGACUGCAGCAUCGUGCUGCCGCCCUCGGAGGUGGGCGGGGACGAGCUGCUGCGCUCGGUGGCGCGAUUCCAGCGGGAGAUGCUGCGCAAGCGUGAGGAGCAGGACGAGAAGCUGCUGGCCAAAGAGCUCAAGAGCCCCGAGGAGAAAGAUUCCCUCCCCGCUGCUGGCAAGCCCAGCGAUGACCCUCUCCAGCGCACGGGUCGGCUGUUCGGGGGGCUGAUCCGAGACGUCCGCCGCCGCUACCCCAAGUACGUCAGUGACUUCCGGGACGCGCUGAACGCGCAGUGCAUGGCCGCCGUCAUCUUCAUCUACUUCGCGGCGCUCUCGCCUGCCAUCACCUUCGGCGGGCUGCUGGGGGAGAAGACGGAGGGGCUGAUCGGCGUGUCGGAGCUCAUCGUGUCCACGGCCAUCCAGGGGGUGCUCUUCUGCCUGCUCGGGGCGCAGCCCCUCCUGGUGGUCGGCUUCUCCGGACCGCUGCUGGUGUUUGAGGAGGCCUUCUACUCAUUCUGCAAGGCGAACAGCGUGGAGUACCUGACAGGCCGGGUUUGGAUUGGCUUCUGGCUCGUCAUCAUAGUCCUGCUCAUGGUGGCCUUUGAGGGGAGCUUCCUGGUGCGCUUUGUGUCUCGAUUCACUCAGGAGAUCUUCUCCAUCCUCAUCUCCCUGAUCUUCAUCUAUGAGACCUUCUCCAAACUGGGCAAGAUAUUCCUGCAUCACCCGCUGAAGCGAUGCACCAUCACCGAUGGCAACAGCACUGCGGGCAACAGCACAUUUGAGAAUAUCACCUACAGUGCGUUACCCGGCAACAGCAACAGCACCAGCAACAGCACCAGCACCAGCACCGGCACGCCCGUGGUCAGCGGGGAGCCCAACACAGCCUUGCUGUCGCUGGUGCUCAUGUCCGGAACUUUCUUCAUCGCAUUCUAUCUGCGCAAGUUUAAGAACAGUGCAUUUUUUCCUGGCAGGCUUCGCAGGGUGAUUGGGGAUUUUGGCGUCCCGAUUGCCAUCCUCAUCAUGGUCCUGGUGGACUACAGCAUUCAAGACACGUACUCACAGAAACUGAGCGUGCCCAGUGGGUUAAGCGUGACCAGCCCGGAAAAGCGUGGCUGGUUUAUUAAUCCUCUUGGCAUGAAUGACCCUUUCCCCAUCUGGAUGAUGGCCGCCAGCAUCCUCCCCGCUCUGCUGGUGUUCAUCCUCAUCUUCAUGGAGACUCAGAUCACCACCUUAAUAGUCAGUAAGAAGGAGCGGAAGUUGGUCAAGGGCUCUGGCUUCCACUUGGACCUGCUGGUGAUCGUGGUUCUGGGGGGCACCUGUGCCUUGUUUGGCCUGCCCUGGAUGGCUGCGGCCACCGUGCGCUCCGUCACCCACGUCAACGCUCUCACGGUCAUGAGCAAGGCCGUCGCCCCCGGAGACAAGCCGCGCAUCCAAGAGGUCAAAGAGCAGAGGGUGACGGGGCUGCUGGUGGCCAUCCUCGUAGGUUUGUCGAUUGUGAUCGGAGACCUUCUGCGCCAGAUCCCCAUCGCAGUCCUGUUCGGGAUCUUCCUGUACAUGGGCGUGAUGUCGCUCAAUGGCAUCCAGCUGACGGAGCGCAUCCAGCUGCUGCUCAUGCCUCCUAAGUACCACCCCGACCACAUCUAUGUGCGCAAGGUGAAGACGCUGCGCAUGCACCUGUUCACAGCGCUGCAGGUGGUGUGUCUGGCCGCACUGUGGGCGGUCAUGUCCACCGCCGCGUCACUGGCCUUCCCCUUCGUCCUCAUCCUCACCGUCCCCGUCAAGAUGUUCCUCAUGCCACGGAUCUUCACUGCCAGAGAGAUGCAAUGUCUGGACGCAGAUGACGCUGAGCCCACCUUUGACGAGCGCGAGGGCCAGGACGAGUACACAGAGAUGCACAUGCCUGUGUGAACCACGCCCCGCCCCGCCACGCCACGCCCACACCUGAUCCCCCCCCCCGCCCAAUGGGAUCUCUCUGUCCCACCCGCCACUCCAUUCCAACGGCCAAUGACCAUAAGUGCCUUAGGGGAGCGCUCUCUGAAGAAGCCGCCAAUCUAAACAGACGCACAGAACACGCACAAUACCCACUUAAACCCUCUCUCGUUCACGGUUAAUCACCUUUGCAUCUCUUUUUGAAGACUUCCAGACACAAGAAGGCAGCUGGCAGAAAGAAAAUGAAGUAGACUCCCUAACCGAAAGCCUUUUCUGCUUCUCUCUGGCCCCUCAGAAAGCGCCCGUCCACGUUCUCUUCUCUCCAGAUGAAGGAUGCCUUGGCCCUAUGGUGGUGACUGGCACAAAGGUUGUCAUGUCAACCGUAAGGAGGUUGUCUGGGCACAGAGAAUAUUCUUCCUAUUAGAAGAAAAACUAGUGUUCCC